AAUUUUUUUUUUUUUUUUUGGCUCACAUUUCGAUUGGCCAUUUCUAUAUUUAUUCGUACGUCAGAAUAAUUUAGGAGAACGCUAAAAUGAUAAUCCUAAUCGAUUGCAUCGCCGGCAGAAAAGAUUGAACGAACUGCGGGGCAGAAUCGUUUUUCAUUCGAGAAUCAGGUUUCAGAGCGCAUUAUUCAGCCCAUUGACCCCUAUCGGAUUGUCCAAUCAUAAGUUUCUACAUCGUAACACCUUUUUAUCAAUCCGAUCAUCAAAUCCAGAAAAAGUUGUGGAGGUAACUAUGAGCCAACCACGUCACGUCGCUGUCACCAUGCCAAGUGUAAAACCGACAAUGGGAUCGGCGGAAUGGUACCGAAUCCGACGAGAAAACCAUAAGCAAGUGGAGCGACGUCGCCGAGAAUUGAUCAACAAGGGAAUCAAUGAAUUGGCACAGUUGGUGCCGGGUUGCGAAAAGAAUAAAAGUGGGAUUUUGAUGCGGACAAUUCAGUAUAUCUACGAAUUGAAAGAAGACAAAGCCAAGGCCGUUGAUAAAUGGCAACAAGAGAAGCUACUGCGGGAUCAAACGAUGACGUUGGUCGAGCAGUUACGGCAAGAAAACGAGGAGCUGCGAGCCAAGCUAAAAACACCAACUACCAAUAAGCUUAAAUCGUGAAAGAAAUCCCUGCAUCAUUGAUUGGUCAAAGGAUUCAACCACCGUUGUGUCCAAUCAAAAAUUCCAUUUAUUUUGCUAUUUUUCAAAGACAGAUUACCAUAGCUCCGCCAUGUAAACUUAUUAUAAAAGCCCAGGGACCAGGUGCUGACUCCAAAUAAACACUUGUCUUUUCCACCUCGA